GGAGCCGUAGCUCUUCUGCCCACUUGUAAGUGCAACUGGUAUGGGUAAUGGUGUGAGAGAAGGUCAAGUGGAUUUCAAACGGCAGGAUGUGGAGCCAGUUACAUCGACCCAUCUUCCAGCAGAGGGUAACCAGGAGAAAAAGAAAGUGCUCAACUCCCUGAUGUCUGGUGCGUUGGCUGGCGCUGUUGCUAAAACUGCGGUCGCUCCACUGGAUAGGACAAAAAUCAUGUUUCAAGUGUCUUCAAAAAGAUUUUCUGCCAAGGAAGCCUACAGGCUGAUUUAUCGCACCUACCUCAAUGAAGGCUUCUGGAGCCUCUGGCGGGGGAACUCAGCCACCAUGGUCCGCGUGAUCCCUUACGCUGCCAUUCAGUUCUGCGCGCACGAAGAGUACAAGCAGCUCCUGGGGAGUUACUACGGCUUCCAGGGAAAAGCGCUGACACCCUUUCCUCGAUUCAUUGCUGGCUCUCUGGCAGGCACAACGGCUGCCAUGUUAACCUACCCCUUGGAUAUGGUCCGUGCUCGAAUGGCUGUCACGCCGAAGGAGAUGUACAGCAAUAUCGUUCAUGUCUUCAUCCGAAUAUCCCGAGAGGAAGGACUGAAGACAUUGUACAGGGGAUUUACACCAACCAUCCUUGGAGUGAUUCCGUACGCUGGGCUUAGCUUCUUCACCUAUGAGACGUUGAAGAAACUGCAUGCAGAUCACAGUGGGAAAUUGCAGCCAUCCCCUCCGGAGCGGCUUUUGUUUGGUGCCUGUGCAGGCUUGAUUGGCCAGUCAGCCUCUUACCCCCUGGAUGUGGUCCGCCGACGAAUGCAGACGGCGGGGGUUAUGGGACACACGUACAGUUCCAUCCUUCUCACCAUGCAGGAGAUUAUAAGAGAAGAGGGACUAAUCCGUGGCUUGUACAAAGGACUCAGCAUGAACUGGGUCAAAGGUCCAAUUGCAGUGGGAAUAAGCUUCACAACCUUUGACCUGACGCAGAUCCUUCUCCGUAAAUUACAGCACAGCACUAAUGUUGAAAGGUAGUAGCUUAAUCCCCACAGCCCACGCUGGGGAAAAGUACAACACGUGUAGAAAGAGCAACGCUAGCGUUCCCUCACUUUGUACAUGCUCUCC